AUGACGGUCAGCAUUCAUAUUGACCCCGCUGAUCCGCACGACUCGGAUCACUCUCUGUCGGAGGACGAGGGCUCCUCAGGUGGACAAUUCUCUCUCCUCUCUGAUGGGAGUCAUGAAUAUCCGGAUUAUGAUGAGUGGGCGCAUCUGCCAUAUCCAUCCGAAUUGAAACCGUCUGAUUCAGCCUCUCGACCAAGGACCUCGAAUCGCAACCGCUCGCUCCACGGUUCGCGCUCGGCUUCGGGCCGUCGCCAACCACACCCUCAAAUGAUUCCCGAUCGCGAUCGUGAUUAUGGCUCACGGGCCCGUCGCCAACCCUCUCCAGAGUCGCCGGGUAGUGCAGACUCGGAGGAACUUGCCGGUCAUUACCCGCGCAACCCUCAUGAGCGGCGAUGGGCCGGGCAACAAGCCUCGGGCUAUCCACAAAGUGUUUCCUCGGGCCCUUCCUAUAACCACCAAUAUCCCCAGGGCCAUGGUCCCUUCCCCCACCAGAACCCUCCGCCUUUGUCGGACCAGCUCAUCCGACUUGGUCAUGGUAAUCCAAAUGGCCAGCCAUACGGUUCGGCCUACCCAUACGGCCCACCCCAUGGUGCUCCCCCACUGCAUCCCUACUUCCCGGACCAAGCACAUGCAAGACAUCCUCAACAGCCACCCCAAUCCCGCAUCGACCCUCACACCCAUCAACCAUUACCCCCUCAUAUGGCUCCCCAUGGUAUGCCGUCGCCCUUCGGUGCGGCUCCAUUCCACCACGAGAUAAUGCCCUACCCCCAUAAUGGCUUUUACAACAACUUCCGGGACCCUUAUGCAAUGUUUCAAGGAAUGAUGCCCCCGUCCUAUUUUCCGUACCCGCCACAAGUACCAUCCCCAAUCCAACCAGAGUCGAAAACGCCUACUGCUCCUCCCCCUGCGGAUGACGCAGCCAAAGGAGCAGCAGCUCAAGAGGCCGCCAAGGAUGCUGCAAAAGAUGAGGCCAUUGCACGACUAGAGAAAUUGAUUCUGGAUGAUCGCACGGAGCGUGAGAACAGGGAAGCGGCUCGUCUAGCAGCUAUCGCGGCCGAGGAGGCGGAAAGAAUUGCGCGAGAAAAGCAGCUUGCUCAUGACCAAGCGAUCGCACAGGUGGCAGCUUCAGAAGCAGCAGCGUUGGCGCGCGCAGACGCUGAGCAGCGCGCAGCGACCGAGGCGGCCAAGGCAAAGGAGGAGGCAGAGAAAGCAGCCGCAGAAGCUGCGGCGAAAGCCAAAGAGGACUCGGCGCAGGCGGCCCAAGAUGCAGCCACUAAGGCACUGGAAGCUGUGGAAGCAGCGAACGCAGCCGCUGCCGCUGCAGCCGCCAAGGCCAAAGAGGAGGAAGAAAACAAAAACAAAGUGCCUCCGCCGGAGAAGAAGAAGCCUAUUAAAUUCAAGGAUGCUGUUGGGAGGAAAUUCAGCUUUCCCUUUGAGCUAUGUAGCACCUGGCAGGGAAUGGAGGACCUGAUUAAGCAGGCAUUUCUCCAUAUCGAGGUUAUUGGGCCUCAUGUGGCCGAAGGGCACUACGAUCUAGUGGGACCAAAUGGUGACAUUAUCCUGCCACAAGUGUGGGAAACAGUGGUUGAGCCAGAUUGGACGAUUACGAUGCACAUGUGGCCAAUUCCUGAAAAGCCCAAGGAGCCCGAUCCACCCCCAGCCGCCGACCCACCACCAGCUGAACCUCCCAAGCCUGCAGAGAAGAAGAAAGAAGGGAACAAGAAGCCCCCGCGCAAACCCGGUGACCCUCCUGCAUUUGCGACAUGGAUGAUGGGCCGUCGUCCUCCUCCCCGAGCCAAAAAGGCCCCAAAGGCAGAAAAAAAGGAUGAACCAGCACCCCAGUGA